CGCUCAGCAGCCAGCUCAUGCGCCCUCAUUUGAUGGUCGCUGUUUGUGUGGGCUCUUUGCUCAGUCAGGUUUCUGACUUGUGCCCCAGAUAUCUGCUCGACGCGUCUCUCACCGAUCUCUCGCGUGCAUGUUUGCCACGUCCACCGCAUCCUGCACGAGCCGCCCAUACCCCUGCCUUCGCUCCUGGUGCAGCACACGGCCAGAUUAGCACCGCAGCACCGCAGCACCAAGGAGAUGCGUUAUCUUCGCGGACAGUAUCUUCGCCAACAGUGUUACAAUUACCACGCGACUGAUCUGCCUUUCUGGCGCAGGUCAACGCUGAACUUGGGCAAGACCGCGUGUAACCAGUGCAGUUUG